AUGGCUUCAAAGGAAAAGAAAAAUUUAACGCCUGAGGAAAAAUUCAAGUUGGAAUUGCAGACGGAAACGGAACUGUUAAGGCUGCAGAGACAGUAUCAUAUUUUGGAACGGGAUAGGAACACGUUUACUGGUUCUAACUCAGGAGGAUUAUCGAAGCAAAGGAAAGUAAUCGAUAUUCUUCAAAGGGAAUACAAUGAGAUUCUAACAGAUUUGAGCGUCGCGGCGUCUGAAGCUAACGCCAAAAAUGAUGCGAAAAUCGCUGACAAUCUGCGUACUUUGCUCAAGGAACACAACAGCUUCGUUUCAGAUAUUAAAAGAGAGAAAGCGUAUUUGAGUGAGCUGGACGUGCAGAUCACUUUAGCAAAGAAGGGAAUCGUAGAGCUGAAAUCCAGUCAAGUGACGGACAUUCAAUGCACGCAGAGAGUUUUAGAAGGACAAAGGACUUUGGAGGCUUUAGAGAAUAAACUGGAUAUUGCUACGAAGCGUUUCUGCAUGACCUUGACGGAGAACCGAAAGCUUCGUCAAGAGAUCGAUCAUCUGCUCAAAGAUAGGUCUCAUUUCAAUAAGCUUUGGGAUAAAUUGGUGACGAGUUUGGCGCAAGGAAAGAAGUUCAUGUUGGAUUUGAUCGAACAGGCGACUAUUGCUUACGAUCAACGUGAGGAAUGGUGUCAAAAAUUGCAGACGUUGAGGACGAGAGCCUUGAGCGAAUACACAGCUCACGUGCAAGAGAUGACGGAAAUGCAGCGCGGCAUCGACAACGAAACCAAAUUGCAAGAGUUUCUCUCCAUCAAGGGGCAAAAACGAAUAAUGAAGAAUUUGCUAGCAAAGGAGCAUCUCAAGAGGGAGCAGCAAAAGAAGGACAUGCAGGAAUUGCUGGAAAAAUACAAUAAUAUAGUUGAACAAAUCAAGAGUUUCACAGGCGAGAGCAGCGUGCACAAAGUAACCGAAAAGUUUGCUGCUUCGGAAAUGGAGAACUUUUCCAUGUUUCAAUACGUGAUCGAGUUGAAUAGGGAAUUAGAGGAAUCGAGCGACGAAUUAAUGAGUUUACACAUGAAUAUAGAUGCACAGCGAAAGUUGCACAAUUUACGUGGAAUUCAGCAACAGGAAAAGUUGGCCCGAAUCGAAUUGGAACUGGAGAACACUCAGAAAGAAGUUGGUAGUGCUGAGAAAGAGCUCGAAUCGUUAGAAACGUUAUUGAAGGAUCUUCUGGAAGGAAUUACGCGAAUAUUCAGGAUGUGCAAAUGCUCGAAUGCACCGUUGAUGGAAUUAUUAGGUAACAACAGUUCUAUUAAUAUGCAAAAUGUGCUUUUGUAUUUGGAAAUUUUGGAAAAGAAGAUCAAUGAGCUUAUUGUCAAUACUUAUUAUAAAGAAAAGAAGGAUAAAAAGAAGGGUGCUGUUCGGAUAAUAGGAGAAGAGAAAUACAAGUAUCAUUUAAUAGCAGUUGAUGAGCUUGUUGAUAAAGAUCCAUGCCCAUUGAAAAAUGAAAUGUUAAUUUUAUAUUUAAAUUUCAGAUGCGUGGAGCAAUCACUGGUCAGUGACGUAAUCGAUUCUCUGCAAAAAGUUAUGAACAAAGACCAGAUCAAGGAGAAAUUGGCCGAGGCGAUCGAAAAGCGAGGCUUUUCCGAUGUUGUUCACAACGUUUCCGGUUGCCAUCUACCAAAGUCACGUGCGAUUAUACAAAAGAGAUAUCAAUGAUGGAAAAGUAUACAUAUUA